GGAGUUACAUUACUAAGAUUGCGCAUCUCCAACUCAUUUAUCGAAGAUCCAUCUCAAAGAGCGGACAUAGUUAAAAAGAUCCAUAAAAUUCGCCAGUCUAAGAAUAGGAGGUUCAUCAUGUCAGAGUUCCGUUUUGCCUGUGUUACACUAAUGAUCGUUCUAGCUAUCAAUCAUUCAGAUCAAUCUUCUAUAAGAUCUCAGUCUGCGGAACAUCAAUCAAUUGUUAAAGAGCAUUCCCCAAUCAAUAUAAUACGGAUAAAACCGGUUGCUUUGGAAUCCUCUAAGAACAAUCUUGAUCAUCAAGAAAAUCGGCGAAAACAAAAGUCCAGUACGGAAACUGGUCUGAGUGAAAGUAAUGGAUCCGCAUCUUCAGUUAUAGUAAUUAAACCUGUUUUAUCGCCAAUCUCUGAGUAUCCUGCCAAGAAAAAUUCAAAAAAGUUUUGGAAGAAAAUGAUGAGACGUCCCAAGUUUCUCCAUGAUGUGAAGAAAGGUGAUAACAUGUCAGUAAGCCGAGUGGCACGAGUUCACCUUGCACCAGGAGCUUAUCCAGUGUUUUAUGGAUUGGCAAAAACUAAUGGGAAUUUCAAUAAGAUUAAGUCUAUUACACAUUCAACAAAUUAUUAGAUGUAUAUAAGUAUAUAAUCUAGUGUGAGACUAGAUAUAUAUAUGUAUCUUACCUAUAUGUACUGAUUUUUAUUGCAAGUUAUUGUUUUUCAAUUUUGAAAACUAUAGAUAGGGUAGAUAUCUCAACAAUAAAACCCUUCAAUAAUUAGAACGAAAGAACUUAUUUCCUCCAAUAUUUCGGAUUGAUAAUCCUUGAUAAUCCUUCAAUUGUAUGUAGAUUUUCAAUGAAGUCAAGUAUAUAGAAUAUGCUAUGAACCUGUAAUUAUUACAACUCAAAGAAAUUUGAGAUUCCUUAAUAGUGAGAUGAAAUUAAAUAUAGAAGGUAAAGUAGUUAUAAAUAUUUUUGAAGAGUUCAAAGAAGUUGCCUUUUAUAUAGCGUUUCAGCUAUUUACUUGGGAAUUAAUAAUAAGCGAAACGAAAAUCCUCAUUUUCAAAAGGAAUGGCGUGAAAGAGAAUGUUUUUCAAAGAUAAAAGAAUAUUCAAGAUGUUUAAUGGAAUCUGAUUGUGUGCAUUUUUACAGAUCAGAUAUUUGAAAAAAAAAAAUAAUAAAACCUGUAGAAAGCUGUUUAAUUUUUGGAUAAAUUUUAUUUUUUUAUCGUACAUACGAGUAUAUGCCGGGAGGAAACAUUUAACUUUUCUUCAACAAUUAAGAUCGGACAAGAAAUUCAGAGCUUCAGUAACGAUACCGGGAUACUAAUUUAAGAUAUUAAGAGUUUUAUUUGAAAUUCCUCAAAUAUGUGUAGCAACAAAAUGCCAGAACAAUUAUAGAUGCAGUCGGAAUUUGCAUUUUCGAUA